AUGCUUAUUGAGGAGAAUGGUCAAAUCAUGUUGCAGACACAUGCUGCUUCGCUUGCCGUCGAUUCAGUUAAAGAGUCGGAAAUUUUGGAAUGCAUCGAAGCGGCAUAUUUCAUUGAAGAAGGAUUCGAUGCUACUGACUACGAGCUGAAGAAAGUGGUAGCCGGUGAAGGGCUGGAAGAUCUUGGCGGAGAAAUGGAGAAACUCAAGCAGCAGCUCCAAGUGGUUUCGAGACGCAUCUCCGCUCUGAUUGUGCAGAACUCGCCGUCCUAUUCAGCACAGCUGAAAGACAUUGGCGAAAUGCAAGCCAACUUGUCCAGCAUCCUUUCAGCCGUCCAAAAUAUUCGAAGGAAGCUUGCUCGAGCAAAAUGUGAAAGUCGCAAUGGGUUGGAAAUCCUUGCAAAUUGCAGAAAUCGGAAAUUCUUAAGAAAAUUAUCAGCAUCACUAAAGGCAAUUAAAACAUUGCAUGAGGCGCAGUUUCAAAUAAAAGAUUUGAUACAGGAGGGUAAUUUUCCUGCUGCAAUUGCUGUAUGCCGUGAAGCGCAGAAAGCCACUACGAGUUUCAGUCAUUUCAACUGUAUCAAGUACUUUUUUUCGCUUAAUUAUUAUACAUUAUUUUUAAAACAGUACAGGGAAUUAUCAGUAAAGUUGGAAGAAGCACUUGAAGAAAUUGAAAUGAACCUGGACAACGCUCUGGCAUCGCUUACAGUGGUAUUCGAUGUUGACCGCUAUGCGAUGGUUCAUUUGGCGUACAAAAUGCUGAACAAAGUUGAAGAAAGUGCAUUGAGAAUUGUUGGGUUUACGCGUGCGACACUGGAAAGCUCGGCACGAACAGUUCUUAUCGACAAAAUUUCACUGGAUAAAAUUGAAAUGAAACUUAACGAAGUAUCCUAUGAACAGAUUUGUGAGGUUAGGUAA